AUGAUCUUAUCAUUUGAACAAGAGGAAAAUAUUGGUGACUCAAGUAAAAAUGUGGAUGUUGAAUUGCGAGAUCUUCCUACAGAUCCAGAUAACAAUGUUGUUGCUUUCAAGAAUGCUCCUGAUAAUCUCAAAUUGACAUCACCUGAGAUUCAAAAAGACAUUGUAAGUGCUGUUUCAAAUGAAACCGUAAGUGUUAUCAUUAGAGAUUUAGGAGAUUCAUUAUUCGCUAUAAUGAUUGAUGAAUCUCGUGAUAUCUCUAGGAAGGAAAAAAUGGCUAUUGUCUUACGUUAUGUUAACAAGAAUGGACUUGUUGUGGAGUGUUUUCUAGGUGUUGAACACGUUACUAGUACCACAACUCUCUCACUCAAGGCAACACUAGAUAAUUUCUUUUCAAGGCAUGGGUUGAGUUUUUCUAGACUACGAGGACAAGGUUAUGAUGGAGCUAGUAAUAUGCAAGGAGAAUUUAAUGGUUUGAAGACAUUGGUUUUGAAAGAGAAUAGAUGUGCUUAUUAUAUUCAUUGUUUUGCCCAUCAACUCCAGUUGGCUCUUGUGGCUUUGGCAAAGAACCAUGAUGAUGUUAAUGAUCUUUUUAAUAUCGUGGCGAUUGUGGUAAACAUUGUCGGUGCUUCGUCAAAGCGUUGUGAUCUUCUUAGAGAUAAGCAAGCUUGUAAAGUUAUUGAAGCUCUUUCUAAUGGUGAACUUUCAAGUGGAAAAGUUCUCAAUCAAGAGACUAAUCUGCAACGUGCCAGUGAUAUGCGUUGGGGCUCGCAUUAUGGUACGUUAAUGAGCAUAAUCUUGAUGUUUUCAUCCAUUAUCGAUGUUCUUGAAAUUGUGGCAAAAGAUGGGUCAAACUCUGAGCAAAGAUUUCAUGCAAAAAACAUAUUUAAAUUGAUGCAAUCAUUUGACUUUGUGUUUAGUCUAUUUUUGAUGAAAGAUAUACUUGGCUUUACAAAUGAACUUUCUCAAGCACUACAAAGAAAAGAUCAAGAUAUUGUAAAUGCUAUGAAUUUGGUUGAAGCAUGUAAGCAAGCUUUACAAUUGAUGAGGGAUAAUGGAUGGGAGACUUUAUUAAGCAAAGUUUAUUCUUUUUGUGCCAAUCAUGAUAUUGAUGUUCCUAAUAUGGAUGACAAGUUUUUUAUUCAAGGGCGAUCACAACGUAAGGCUCAAGGUAUCACAAACAACUUGAUACGCCUUGCCGAACUUUAUCCUGAUGAUUUUUCUAACUUAGAACUCAUGGCACUUGAUUCUCAACUUGAUGUUUACAUUUUGGAUAUGCACUCUAAUGUUAAAAUUUAUGGGAUUGAAACAGAUUGGAGAUCUGGCAAAAAUGAUGGUUGA